GCGCCGCGGCCAUUUCGGGGCUGCCCCGCCCUCACCUGCGCCAGGUGAGCGCCAUGUUCCGGGGCUGAGCCCGGCGGGAUGCGGCGCCCGGCGGCGGCGGGGGCCGGCGGCCGCCUCCUCCUGCCCCUGCUCCCGCGGGGGGCUCUGCUGCUGCUCGGUGUCUGCAAUGCUCUUUCCCUGGAAAUUAAAGUCAGCCCUAAGGUCCGAGCUUUCGUGGGUGAGCAGGUGCUGCUGAAAUGCUCCUUCAGAUCCAGCUCGCCCAUCACGGAGAGCCUGCUGGUGGACUGGACCUACCGGCCCCUCUCUGGGGGCCAGAUGGAGACAAUUUUUCAUUAUCAGUCCGUCCCACACCCCACGGCAGCGGGGAAGUUCAAAGACAGAAUAUCCUGGGUGGGGAACGUCGCCAGCGGUGAUGCUUCCAUCGCCAUCCAAAGCCCAGAGCUCAGUGACAACGGGACCUUCAUCUGCAGCGUGAAGAACCCUCCAGACGUUUACCACAACAUUCCCCAGACGUUGCUGGUGGUCACGGAGCGGGGCCUGGCCUUCCAGCUGACCUCAGCAGCUCUGCUCUCCAUCCUGGUGUUCCUCCCCUCCGCCCUCGUGGUCAUCCUGCUGCUGGUGAGGAUGGGGAGGAAAUUCCGGGCGAUGAAGGAGAAAGGAAAGUGUGGCUACAAGAAAUCCUCCAUCGAGGUGUCUGAUGAGCCUGAGCACACAGACACGGCUGGCUGCUGUGGGGGCAGAAUCAAGGAGUGGUGCCUGAACUGUGUGGACACGGAUGAGGAAGAUCCGUACUGACAGAAGACAGAAGCUGUGGAGAAAUACUAAAAUGACAGCACUGAGAAUUGUGGUUCCAUCCUUCCAGAGGCUGCUGGAGACCCAGUGCACACUGAAGGGCGUGCUCUGCUCUCGGUGGAUGGGAAGAACAAUGCUGAUGGGAUAAUCCAUUUCUGUUUAAGAACAAAAUGAUGAUUUUCUAACAGUCUUUCUAAUUUAUCGGGGGAAAGAAAUUCUCCUGCCCUCAGAUGUGCCUACAGUGCCAAUGUGCCUUGGUUUUCCUGAAAAUUGCUUUGGUUCAUUGGUUUGGUUUUUGGUGGCAUCCCUCUUUUCCUGAGCCCUGGAAAUCUGACUUUUUGAAGGGAAGGCUGCUCCAGCUCCCUGGCCUGGUCACCUCUGGGCACUGACCAGGUUUCUUCUCAGGAUUUUUGGAACAUUCUGACUCACACCAGUUUGAUGAAGCGAUACCUGGCAUCCUCUGUCCUGGAGUGAAGAGAACCUACUGCUUAUGAAGUAUUUUUUUAUUCAGCUGCAUCACUGGGUACCUCUCCUUCCAUUUGUAGGAGUGAAGCACAAUUCAUAGAAAACGAUAUUUUUAAAAAUCAAAAAUGCAAAUGGGGACUCUGUUUCUGGGGACACACAACCCCAUCUACCUCAGCCACAGACUCAAGCACUGCCCAAAGGAAUGUUCUGUUUGCAGUAGCUGUUUUCUUCCUCCCCUCUUCUAGGACCUGUUUUAGGGAAAUGAUUCAUUGUGCAGCAUUACUUCCCCUCCAUGCAUUUCCUCUUUCACCAGCCUUAUCCCACAACCAGUGGCAGAGAAUUCAUCCACUCAACCCCUAAAGAGCUGAUUUCUUUCUGUAUCAGUCACAAAUUCUCCUUUUAUAGGUGUGCUCUGGUUUACUGUUGAUUUUGCUGUGCAAUUACCAAUAAAUUGCAUUAUUCCA